AUGGCAGAAGUUCCAUCAACUGCUAAACGCACAAGACUGGUACCGAUCCAACCCGACGGUGGGUGGGGUUGGGUGGUUGUGAUGGGCACAUUUUUUAUACAUGUGGUCGCUGACGGCUUUGUGUAUUCAUUUGGUGUACUUGUCGAUGUGCUGAUGAAAGAGUUUGAAUCGGACAAUACCGUAAUUGCAAUGAUUGUCUCUCUCCUUACCGGCUUCACACUCGGGAGCGGUCCGUUAGCAUCAGCUGUGUGUAACAAAUAUGGUUGUCGAGCAACGGCAAUCAUGGGGGCUAUCAUUGCUAUUACAGGAUGCACUGCAUCAUACUUCGCAUCGGAGAUGUGGCACAUCAUUGUCUCUGUGGGAAUUAUUAUGGGUAUUGGAUCAGGUUUCAUGUAUUGUCCUGCAAUCGUCAUCGUAACAAUGUAUUUCGAAAAGCGCCGGUCUUUAGCCACGGGAAUUGCUGUUACCGGAGCUGGAGUAGGUACAAUGGUGUUCUCACCCAUCAACGAUUAUGUCAUGAGUCGAUAUGGUUGGAGAGCCGUCUUCCUCGUAUUUAAUGGUGUUUUCGCACUCUGCAUAGUUUGCGGUUCCCUAUUUCGUCCACUGCAGUUUCAAGAAAUUGUUGAGGAAGAUGGCGCUGAAACAUCUGAUGAAGUGAAUAAACCAAAUACUACUUCAGAGGAGGUGACCGGUGCGCUACUUACAGCCGGUGAAGCCCCCCUGCCAUCUAAGGUCGUGCCUGAGGAUUCGCAAUCAUUAGCUAGUCUUGCGUCAUCGAGAACAGACAGCAAGUGCCGCCGCAGGAUAGUUGUGCGACGUGAAAGCGUGGGAGAACGAGAUGUUGGUUAUCUGAAUAGGAAAGACAUUUUUUACACUGGAGCGAUUACGAGCGUAGACGAGUUCAAGGAGGAUCCGGAUAAGUACAGGUCGACUGGAUCACUACGUAGAUCUUCAAUUAGUACAAUGUCUUCAGAAAUCCUGCAAGCCAUAAAGGAAUCUCCUGAUGACGUUUUUGAAGAUACCCAAGAAGACACUGACAACACAGAAGGUUCAAAUAUGUGGAAGACGAUGUCUAAUAUGUUGUUGCUGUCGCUGAUGUUUGAUCCCAUAUUUCUCCUUUUUGCCAUUUCAAACAUGUUGUCUUCUGUUGGAUUCAAUUCGCCGCUGUAUUUUCUGCCGUUGCAUGCACAAAAAGGUGUCGGACUCGAUUCUGCCCAUUCGUCUGCUGUGCUGUCUGCUUUCGGGCUUAGCAACAGUAUUGGUCGUCUUGUAUACGGUAUCAUAGCUGAUCACAAGCUACCGCUUCCUUAUGGUUGGGGUAGUGACGUAGCUCGAAAUAGAUUAUGGAUGUACAACAUUUCACUCUCGGUAUUUUUCCGUUCAAUCUCAGCUAGCCUUCUUGUCUUGAAGAGCUGUUCCAUUUCAAUAAAAAAAAUCGUGGACUUGAUUCAGAUUUGUGGUCUACUUACCACAUUCUGCUUCCUCUUUACGAGUUUCUUUUCACUCUCACUCUACGCCGCUUUGCAUGGAUUUUUUCUCGCAGCUUACAUUUGCCUAGCAAGUGUCAUUCUUGUCGACCUUCUUGGGCUGGAUAAGCUCACCAAUGCUUUUGGUCUUUUGCUCCUAUGGCAGGGAAUUGGUACUGUAGCUGGGCCACCUAUAGCUGGAUAUCUUGCUGACAUCACCAAUAGCUACGUUUGGUCUUUUGUCUUCAGUGGCAUCAACUUGCUGGUUUCUGGUUUGAUGCUGUUCUCUAUUCCAUAUCUUCAAAGGAAGCGAACCAUAAGUACAGCUCAUUGA